AGGGAGUGCGGAGCGGAGAGCUGCGCCCAGGCGGUGGCCCUGGCCGAAGGCUGCCUCCUCGGCCCCGCAGCCGCCCCGGAGCCCGGAAAGGGGCAGCAGAUGCAGGAACUGUUCACCGGAGAGAUCUCAGCAGAGCUACAGGAAAGAGGAAAUGGAUGCAGUCCUUCUCAAGAGUUGCUUUUCAGCAGGUCCCAACUUGGGCCAUUUCAGCAGGGCUCUAAUCCCUUUGAGGAAGUCACUGUGGACUUCACAGAAGAGGAGUGGAUGCUGAUGGAUUCUGACCAGAGAGUCUUGUGUAGAGAAGUCACAUUGGAAGCUUUUAGGAAUAUUAUUGACCUGAGUGAUGCAAUGGAGAAGGAGAACCAGGAGUGGUUAAUGUCGCUGCCAACAGCAAACUAUGAAGGAGAAGUGACAUUUGACCAUCAAACAAAUCCAAAAAUACAAGAGGAAAGCCACUCAGAAGGUUGGGUGGAAGAGCCCUCCACAUCUCAUCAUUUCUUUUCUCUUACUUUACCUGAGAACCUUAAUAGCAAACACAAACCACAAAGUAUUGUGAACUUGGGGGAAGAUUCCAGUUGGAGUAGAGAGACUAAAAUAUGCACAAAAUGUGGAAAGAGCUUUGAUAGUAAUGCUAGCCUUAAUGGCCAUCAGAGGAUCCACAUAACUGAGAAACCAUAUAGUUGCGAGGAAUGUGGAAAGGGCUUUGCUUCGAUAGGAAAACUUAAUUCUCAUAAAAGGAUGUACAUAGGAGAGAAACCAUAUAAAUGCACAGAGUGUGGAAAGAGCUUCUGUAACAAGGCUAGCCUUAAUGGCCAUCAAAGGAUUCACAUAACUGAGAAAUCAUAUAGCUGUGUAGAAUGUGGAAAGGAUUUUGCUUUAAUAGGAAAACUUAUUGCUCAUAAAAGGAUUCACACAGGAGAGAAACCAUAUAAAUGCACAGUGUGUGGAAAGUGUUUCCAUUUCAGGCCUAGUCUUAUCCGCCAUGAGAGGAUCCACAGAAGGGAGAAAAAAUAUAGGUGCAACAAGUGUGGAAAGAGAUUCUUUGAGAAUAGAUCUCUCACUAUCCAUCAAAGGAGUCACACAGGGGAGAGACCGUAUAAAUGCCUGGAGUGUGGAAAGAGCUUUUUUGAAAACAAAGGUCUUACUCGUCAUCAAAGGAUCCACACAGGGGAUAAACCCUAUCAAUGUCUGGUGUGUGGAAAGAGCUUUAGUCAGAUAGGACAUCUCAAUUCUCACAAAAGAGUCCACACAGGGGAGAGACCCUACAAAUGCAUGCAGUGUGCAAAGAGCUUCCGUUCCAAAAGUUCUCUUAAUCGCCAUGAGAGGGUCCACACGGGGGAGAGAAAAUAUAGCUGCAGUGUGUGCGCAAGGAGAUUCUUUGAUAACAGAACCCUUGCUGUCCAUCAAAGGAUCCACACAGGGGAGAGACCCUAUAAAUGCCUGGAGUGUGGAAAGAGCUUUAUUCAGAAAGGACAGCUUAAUUAUCAUCAAAGAAUCCACACAGGGGAGAGACCAUAUAACUGCAUUGAGUAUGGAAAGCAGGAAGAACAUCUUACUCAGGAAAGAAUCCACACAGGAGAAAAACCAUAUAAAUGCACAGAAUGUGGAAAGAGCUUCUUUAGCAAGACUGGUCUUAAUGGCCAUCAAAGGAUUCACAUAGCUGAGAAACCAUAUAGUUGCACGGAAUGUGGAAAAGACUUUGCUUUAAUAGGAAAACUUAAUUCUCAUGAAAGGAUUCACACAGGGGAGAAACCAUAUAAAUGCACAAUGUGUGAAAAGAGUUUCCAUUUUAGGGGUAGUUUUAAUCGUCAUGACAGGAUCCACAGAGGAGAGAAAAAACUUAGUUGCCAGGAAUGUGGAAAGAGAUUCUUUGAGAAGGCAGCCCUUACUAUCCAUCAAAGGAUCCACACAGGGGAGAGACCAUAUCAAUGCACAGAGUGUGGAAAGAGCUUUUUUGACAACAAAGUUCUUACUCGUCACCAAAGGAUCCACACAGGGGAGAGACCAUAUAAAUGCCUGGAGUGUGGAAAGAGCUUUACUCAGAAAGGACAUCUUAAUUCCCAUAAAAUAACUCACACAGGGGAGAGACCCCAUACAUGCACAGAAUGUGGAAAGAACUUCAGUUUCAAAAGUUCUCUUAAUCGUCAUGAGAGGAUCCACACAGGAGAAAAAGCAUACCCGAAGGCAAGACCAUAUAAAUGCAUGGAGUGUGAAAAGAGCUUUAUUGACAAUUGUGACCUUAUCUUCCACCAAAGGAUGCACACAGGGGAAAGACCAUAUAAAUGCGUAGAAUGUGGGAAAAGCUUUCGUCGGAAUACAGAACUUAUUCAUCAUAAAAGGAUCCACACUGGGGAGAGACCAUAUAAAUGUGUACAGUGUGGAAAGCAAUUUACUCAGAUGUACUCGGGACAUCUUACUCAUCAUGAAAAAAUCCAUACAGGGGAGAAACCAUAUCAGUGCAUAACAUGUGGAAAGAACUUUUCUCAGAAAGGAAAACUGAAUUCUCAUGAGAGAAUCCACACAGGGGAGAGGCCAUAUAAAUGCUUAGAGUGUGGAAAAAGCAUUCAUUGGAGCACAAAACUUAUUCAUCAUGAAAGGAUCCAUAUUGGGAAGAGACUAUAUAAGUGCAUUGAGGGUGGACAGCAAUUUACACAGAAAUGUCAUCUUGUUACUCAUGAAAGAAUCCAUACAGGGGAGAGACCAUAUAAAUGCACAGAGUGUGGAAAAAGCUUUGCUCCGACAGCACAACUUAAUUCUCAUAAAAGGUCCGACACAGAAGAGAGACAAUAUAAAUGCAUGUAGAGUGAAGAAAGCUCC